AGUGUCGACCCGUACAUGAAAAACAUGGCGGCGUAGAUAUCCAAGUGGGGCCUCACACACCAGUUUUCUCUAAAUUAAUCGCUAAAAGUGGCGGAAUUUAAAGCGCGAAAUGCUCCUAAAUAAAUUCGGUUGAAGGGCCGGGAAUUUUCAAUAGAAAUGAGUUCGUUUCGGGUCGAUUUCGCGCGGUUUUAAUAAAAACUCGGUACAAGUUCUUCGGUAGGAGAAGAACAAGUUUUGACAAUCUGGACGAGAACUUCUUCGUCGAGAGAAGUUCGCCCCCCGAUGGUCGUCGUUUUCAACUACUAUGGGGGCACAGAAUACAAAAGAACGUACUGUGUCCGUUGGGACAAAUUCUAUAAGGGCCAACAGAAGUAAACCUCGACCGGUCAAGGAUGGACGACAAAUCGUUUCUAAUAUAUUUACAGAACAUAGCGAGGCGUUAUUGCAAAGUAGACCGCUGCCUCAUAUACCGAGCUUACCGGAAACGGAUCCUCCGGGUACGCUCAAUUCCGGGACGGGACUUGGUUCCGCCAAUUUAGGCACGCUGACCGCCGUUUCCGGUGGUUCCGUAGCGCCGUCAACACCUCUAUCACUCGAAGCUGCCAAUAGAUGGACGUCAAAAGAAAACUUGCUGGCUCAAGAAGAGGACGAUCCGCAAUUAUUCGUUGCUUUGUAUGAUUUUCAAGCGGGUGGCGAAAAUCAAUUAAGCUUAAAAAAAGGUGAACAAGUUCGAAUACUCAGUUAUAAUAAAAGUGGCGAAUGGUGUGAAGCUCAUUCCUCAUCGAAUCAAGUCGGUUGGGUUCCUUCUAAUUAUGUGACACCCGUGAAUUCGUUAGAAAAACAUUCUUGGUAUCACGGACCAAUUUCAAGAAACGCCGCCGAAUACCUACUCAGUUCCGGUAUAAAUGGAAGUUUUUUGGUUCGCGAAUCGGAGAGUAGUCCGGGCCAACGAAGCAUAUCGUUAAGAUAUGAAGGUCGCGUUUACCAUUAUCGCAUCAACGAAGACCCCGAGGGUAAAGUUUUCGUCACCGCCGAGAGUAAAUUUAAUACUUUAGCCGAACUCGUUCACCACCACUCGAUGUUAUCCGACGGUUUGAUAACGCAACUUUUAUACCCAGCGCCGAAACAUAACAAACCAACCGUGUUUCCUCUAAGUCCAGAACCGGAUGAAUGGGAAAUCAAUCGGACCGAUAUCGUAAUGAGACACAAACUCGGCGGUGGUCAAUACGGUGAUGUUUACGAAGCGGUUUGGAAACGAUACAACAUGACCGUAGCUGUAAAGACUUUAAAAGAAGACACGAUGGCGUUGAAAGAUUUUUUAGAAGAAGCCGCUAUCAUGAAAGAAAUGAAACAUCCAAAUUUGGUUCAAUUGAUGGGUGUUUGUACUCGCGAACCGCCGUUUUAUAUAAUAACUGAGUUUAUGAGUAAAGGUAAUCUCUUGGAUUAUCUUCGAAAUGCAAAUAAACAGAACAUAAACGCUGUUGUUCUUAUGUACAUCGCAACUCAAAUCGCCAGCGGAAUGAGUUACUUGGAAAGUAGGAAUUUUAUUCAUCGCGAUUUGGCCGCUAGAAAUUGUUUGGUCGGCGAAAAUCAUUUAGUUAAAGUUGCCGAUUUUGGCUUGGCAAGAUUGAUGAGAGAUGAUACAUACACGGCGCACGCGGGCGCUAAAUUCCCCAUCAAAUGGACCGCACCCGAAGGAUUAGCUUAUAAUAAAUUUUCAACCAAAUCGGAUGUUUGGGCUUUUGGUAUACUUUUAUGGGAAAUCGCCACGUACGGAAUGUCUCCGUAUCCAGGAGUUGAUCUCACCGACGUUUAUCAUAUGCUUGAAAAAGAUUAUCGAAUGGAAUGUCCCCCCGGGUGUCCGCCGAAAAUCUACGAACUUAUGAGACAAUGUUGGCAAUGGAACGCCAUGGAUAGACCUACGUUUAAAGAGAUCCAUAACGCUUUGGAAAAUAUGUUUCAAGAAUCAAGCAUUACUGAAGAAGUUGAAAAAUUAUUAAAAGACGGAGAUACCCCCGUUUUAAUGGGAACUCCUCAUUUAUCCUAUAAGAAAUCCCAUUUUGGAAGCGCUGGAAAUAUUCAUGGACUUGUUGGAGUUGUUGAUCAAAACAGUACAGAAAACAUUAAACUUAGUACUUUUACGGGAAUCACAGGUGUUAAAAACAAUAUGGUGGUGCGUCGGACAACUAAUAGAAAAGGAAAGCAGGCACCGGCACCUCCGAAAAGAACGAGCCUGUUGUCUUCUUGCAGUUCGUUCCGAGACAGUACGUUCGACGAUCAGGGACACGGAAAUGAAAACGACGAAGGAGGUGAUUUAAAUGGUAUUUCUAAACGAUUUAAAGCGAGCAUCAAAGGAGGGGAUAGCGAAGCUGAACUACAGGAUCAGACUCCUGAUACGGACGAUUCUGGAGCUCAUUCGUAUCCUGAAGUAUCGGGUACAAGUAGUUUUGGUGUUCCUACGGGCACUGGAUCGUUUAAAAGGGCGCCGAUUAUGGGUAAUCGUGGUUUAGCUGAACAACGUGGAAAGAAAUCUAAAACUUAUCCACCAAAAGAGGUACAAGUAGCUGCUUUAGAUGAGCAUAAUGUACGUAAAGCGAUCAGUCGUUAUGGAACAUUACCGAAAGGAGCUCGAAUAGGAGCUUAUUUAGAAUCUUUAAGAGUGAGUGGAAUGUCAAAUAGUCAACAACAAGAUCAACAGCAACCCGCGCAAGCGAUUAAUCCGGUUUUAGCAGAACAACAAAAAGAAUCUCCGCCGCCGCGGUCGUUAUCUCCACGAACCAACAUUCGAACGCAACCGCAAAUGAUUCGAAGUAAUUCUUCGGGUGGUGUAACCACGUUUCACGGUUUACACCCGCCCAAUUCCCCCACAGCUUCCAAGUUUAACCGUGCCAGAACGGCGAAUGUUCCAAGAGCGACGACAACGAGCGGUGAACAACCGUGCUUGCGUACAUUUAAAACGAAUAAUAAUCAUUCUAGUUUUCAUAGGGGAGGUGGGAGUCCUUCGAGGCAUAACAUACAACCGAGUUUAGCCGAUUUAGAAUUUCCCCCACCACCGGUCGAUUUACCACCACCUCCCGAAGAAUUUAACAAUCCGGAAAACAUCGAAGAAAUUGGAGUUUUUAACAAUCAAAAAUCGAUUUCAAAGAAACGAUUGGCUGCUUCGCCUAGGGGCUUUCGUAAAGCAACUAACGAUUUAGAUGGUGGGGUUGAAUCUAACGAGACUACGAACGAUGUUAGUAAUUUGAGGCCAUCUGUUGAUGAGGCUAGUUCAAGGUUUGGGGUUAGUUUGAGGAAACGAGAACCAUCAUCGGAUAGUUGUAGUAGCGCGAAAGAUUUGAAGGACGAGUUUCAACGGGAAAAAAGCCCGCAAAGGGUUAGUUUGAGUCUUACUAGUCCUAGCGUUGAAGGGAAAAGUCCUGUUAGUAUUGAGUCUGAUGUUCCGGUUGUUGGAUCACCUUUGGAACCGUUACCACCACCACCAUCUUUUCCGGAACUUGAAGAAAUGAUGCAAAAUGAGAAUUUUGAAUCGGAAGAUAAAACAUCAAAGGUAUUUAAGAAUAACAAAUUAGUAAAAGAAAUGGAACUCAAAUUAUUGACUGAAAUAAAAGAAAGAGCCGAUCAAAAAAUUAAUAAUCCAAAAGAGUCCCCGACUGAAAAUAACUCGAUUAGUACGAUAUCCCACGAUCCAGUGGCCCAAUUGGUGAGUGAGUUAUCCGAAAGUCUCAACAUCGAACCAGAAAGAUCCAUUCCAAAGUCGCCACCAACGCAAAUAGAAUCGAAAGAAACAGUUUCCGGGACGUCAUUCGUUCCGCAAUUAAAGAAAACGGAAACAAUCAAAAAACCGAAUGAUUCGGGGAUAAUAAUCGAUUUUAAAUCGAGAUUAAGAAAAGUUGAUAAAGAAGAAGAUAAGGUGGAAAUAAAAAAUGAUGAAGAUAAUAACGAUAGGAAACGUGAGAGCACUGCAAGUUCCGAUAGCGGUGGUGGGAGUAAUUUAAAAAUCGAGGAAGAUUCAGAUAAAAGAAAAAGCACGGGAAGUAUAAGUAGUCUAAAAAAAAUUUGGGAAACUAAAGAAGCCUCCGAAAACACCAACAGUUUAAUCCAAUUAAGUCCCAAAUUAUCGGUUAAAUCAAAAAACGAUGAAACAGAAAUAUCACCAGUUGAAAGUUCAGAUGAUUCAACAAAAAUAAUAAAAAGAUGUUGGCCCCCAACCAACACAAUCGAUGAAAAACCUCAAAUCCCAACGAAACCCCCCGUAAAAGCAACAAAACCAAUUUUAACAAACCGUCCCACGACGACGACAACAACAACAACUUCCGCAAUUUACGCCACACCCAUUCCAAAUUCAAACAACUCAAACCAUCAAUCGACUUUAAAUAAACCACCGAUAUCGGCGAAACCAACGGCGCCAAACGAAAUUAAAACGGGCAAAGAAAAUAUUUUAGAAAUAUCCCAAGCUCUCGAAACGACCCUUAACGGAAUAAAAACAAACCCGACCGUUUCAACGUCUUCCUGGUUACAAUUAUCGGAUAAAAUCGGUUUGUUACAUACUUCUUGUGCCGAUUACGCGGAUAGCGUCGUUUUGGCACACACCAAAUUUCAAUUUAGAGAGUUAAUGACCAAAUUGGAAACGCAAGCGAGACAAAUACGUUCCGCCGGAUCGAGGAAUACGACUGAGAAUGCGCGUUACGUUAACGAUGUGCUCAAUACGAUUAAGGAUGUGGUGAACGUGAUGUGUCGAUAAA